AUGCAAAUAAAAAAAAUACUUUUUUUAUUAAAUAUAUUUUUAAUUUUUAAUUCUAUAAAUUCAUUUGAGUUUUUAACAGUACAGUUUGAAAAAAGUGAUUGCUCAGGAAUUCCAAUAGUUAUUUAUUCUACAACACAAUGCUCACCUGCUGGUUAUUUUAAUGUUGAAGGUACAACUGUUCAUGUCACAAUAGAAAAUAAUAUAAAGUCAGUUAGUGAUUGCAAAAACCCAAUCAAAGACUAUGAAGAUACAUUAAAUAAAUGCAAUUCAAAUGGCUUAAAGACAUACUUUAACAAAGAUUAUAAUGUCUCCCUACCAGAAGGCUAUUGUGCAGAAGUUAGACUAUUACAAGGUGGUGAUUGUGAAAAUAAUUUAGAAUUAAUCUCAUACAAAGAUGGUGUAUGUAUCAAUGAUGGCUCCAAUAUUUACCACCGUUAUCUUUGCGAUGGAAAUGUUGCUAAACGUUAUAAAUGUGCUUCAGAUUGUACUAAAACUGUAGAUAAAUGUGUAUUUGACAAAGUACUUGAUUCUAUAGAAAAGUGUCCAUCAAUCAAAACUAAAAGUAUUAAGGAAAUAACAAAUGACUCAUCUAUCAAAACACCUGCACCAACUAAACCAAAUGAAAACGGCUCAAGCAAUAAUGGAACUAAUACCGGAGGUAACAAUAAUAGUAAUACCGGCAGUGCAACUACUGGCGGUAAUAAUAGCAAAGGGGGCGAUAAUGGAAACCACUCUACAAUCUUAAAUAUAAAUAUUGUAUUCAUUUCAUUUUUAUCACUUUUAUUAUUACUAAAAUAGAUUUAUUCAUUAUUUUCUUUUUUAAAUAACUAAAAUAAAUGAUUU